GCGCAUGCGCAGUGGUAGGUCAUUAAAAAUUUUGGAGGAAUUUGCGUCGGCGGAUAUGGUGACUUCAUGUAGGAAAACUAAAGAAGUGUUUGGCUUCUUUUGGUGAAGAAGUGAGCGAGGGUUCGUCGGUCUUGAUCUCAUUUACUGGAGUUUGGCUAUUGGAGAGGCCAGAGGUCAGGAACCAUGGCGAAUGUGAGCAGCGCAGGAGACCCAGGUCUUGCUCGGAUGAGCAUCGCAUCCCAAUUCUUUGCCGGAGAGGAGACUACUGCCAUUGACACCAUGACCACCUCCGAAAGGGUUGUGGAUUUGCUAAACCAAGCAGCCUUAAUCAGCAAUGAAUCGAAAAUCACAAUUCUCAAGCAGGUCCAAGAACUGAUUAUAAACAAGGACCCCACCUUACUGGAUAAUUUCCUGGAUGAGAUCAUUGCUUUCCAGGCAGACAAGUCUGUCGAGGUCCGGAAGUUCGUCAUUGGGUUCAUAGAGGAAGCCUGCAAACGGGACACAGAGUUGUUGCUCAAGCUCAUUGCCAACUUGAACAUGUUGCUGAGGGAUGAAAAUGUCAAUGUGGUGAAGAAGGCGAUCCUGGCCAUGACUCAGCUGUACAAGGUGGCGCUGCAGUGGAUGGUGAAAUCCCGAGUGAUCAAUGAAAUGCAGGAGGCUUGCUGGGAAAUGGUGUCAGCCAUGGCCAGUGAAAUCAUCCAGUUGCUGGACUCCGACAACGACGGGAUCCGCACCCACGCCAUCAAGUUUGUGGAGGGGCUGAUCAUCACCCUGUCGCCCCGCAUGCCGGACUCGGAGGUGCCCAAGCGUCACAAGACCGACAUCAGCCUGGACCGGGUGCCCAAUGACCAUCCCUACAUCAAAUAUAAUAUCUUGUGGGAGGAAGGCAAGGCGGCCUUGGAGCAGUUGCUGAAGUUCAUGGGGCACCCGGCCAUCUCCAGCAUCAACCUGACCGCAGCACUGGGAUCUCUGGCCUCCAUCGCCCGCCAGCGGCCUAUGUUCAUGUCGGAGGUGAUCCAGGCCUAUGAGACGUUGCAUGCCAAUCUGCCCCCGACGCUGGCCAAAUCUCAAGUGAGCAGCGUGCGGAAGAACCUCAAGCUCCAUUUGUUGAGUGUCCUGAAGCAUCCGGCAUCAGUGGAGUUCCAGGCCCAGAUCACCACCCUCCUGAUGGACCUGGGCACCCAGCAGGCCGAAAUCACCCGCAACAUGCCCAACCUGAAGGAGCUGCGCAAGCGCCCACGGGACGAGAGCGAUCCCACCACGAAGAAAAUUAAGAUCGAACCAGCCCUUGGGGAGGAUGAUGAGGAUAAAGACUUGGAGACAGUGGUGGUCCCAGCCCCUAAGCCCUCCAUCCAAGUCAGUACGCAGUCGGACAUCGACAUCACAGCGGAGUUCCUGCAGCCACUUCUGACUUCAGAUAAUGUGGCCAACCUGGUUCUCAUCAGCAUGGUCUACCUUCCUGAGAACAUGCCUGCCUCUUUCCAAGCGACCUAUACCCCUGUGGAAUCAGCUGGCACAGAUGUCCAGAUCAAACAUCUCGCCCGGCUCAUGGCUAGCCAGAUGACAGCAGCAGGGCUGGGACCUGGCGUGGAACAGAUCAAACAGGCCAAGGAGGCGCUUAAAGAAGAGAAACCCCUCAAACCCGAAAGUGUGUUGAUCAAGCGGCGCAUCUCAACCAUUCAACCUGGGCAGGCCAUCUCUGUGGUGGGAGCGCGGACCACCACCAGCGCCGCCGCCGACUCAGAGGCCUCCCAGACCAAACGCCGCCCAGAGCCCAUCAUCCCCUCCACUCAGCCCAGGUUGGCCGGCGCCAGCGGACGGAAGAAGAUCUUCCGCCUGAGCGAUGCCAUCAAGCCUCUGACAGACGCACAGAGGGACAAGCUGAAGGUGGCGGCCGUGAAGCGGAUCUUGCGCUCGGAGAAGGCCGUGGCAUGCAGCGGGGCUGCUCAGGCCCGGGUGAAAAUCCUCUCCUCCCUGGUGACCCAGUUCGAGGUCCCGCUCAAGAACGAGGUCCUGAACUUCAUCCUGGACGACGUCCGCAACCGGCUGGACCUGGCCUUUGCUUGGCUGUACCAAGAGUAUAAUGCCUAUUUGAGCCAGUAUCCCACUGGUUCUCUCAACAACUACGAUGAGUGUCUCAUCGGGCUGCUCUCUGGGCUUCAAGAGAAGCCGGACCAAAAGGACGGGAUCUUCACCAAGAUGGUUCUUGAGGCCCCACUGAUCACAGAGAGUGCCUUGGAGGUGAUCCGGAAAUACUGUGAGGAUGAGAGCCGGUCCUACCUGGGCAUGUCCACCCUUCGGGAUCUGAUCUUCAAACGCCCAGCCAGGCAGUUUGAGUACCUGCAUGUUCUCUUGGACCUCAGCUCCCAUGAGAAGGACAAGGUUCGCCAGCAAGCCCUUCUGUUCAUCAAGCGGAUGUAUGACAAAGACCACCUGAGGGAAUAUGUGGAGAAGUUUGCCCUGAAUUACCUGCAACUCCUGGUCCAUCCCAAUCCUCCUUCUGUCCUUUUUGGCGCUGACAAAGAUACAGAGGUGGCUGCUCCCUGGACAGAAGAGACCAUCAAGCACUGCCUCUACCUUUACCUGGCCCUCCUUCCCCAGAACCACAAAUUGAUCCAUGAGCUGGCAUCUGUGUAUACGGAGGCCAUUGCUGACAUCAAGCGUACCGUCCUCAGAGUCAUCGAGCAGCCAAUCCGUGGGAUGGGCAUGAAUUCCCAGGAGUUGCUCAAACUGGUUAAAAACUGCCCCAAAGGUGCAGAGACCUUGGUGACCCGCUGCCUGCACAGCCUCACUGAUAAAGUUCCUCCAUCUCCGGAGUUAGUGAAGCGAGUUCGAGAUCUGUACAAUAAAAGGCUCCCAGAUGUCCGCUUUCUUAUCCCUGUCCUCAACGGCUUGGAAAAGAAAGAGGUGAUUCAGGCCCUCCCAAAGCUCAUCAAGCUGAAUCCCAUCGUUGUGAAGGAAGUGUUUAAUCGCCUGCUGGGAACACAACACGGUGAAGGCAACUCGGCAGUUUCUCCUUUGAAUCCUGGGGAAUUGUUGAUUGCCCUCCACAACAUUGAUUCCACCAAGUGUGACAUGAAGUCAAUCAUCAAAGCCACCAACCUGUGCUUUGCUGAGCGCAACGUCUACACAUCGGAGGUCCUGGCCGUGGUGAUGCAACAGCUCAUGGAGCAGAGCCCGUUGCCCAUGCUCCUCAUGCGGACAGUCAUCCAGUCGCUGACCAUGUAUCCGCGCCUGGGCGGCUUCGUCAUGAACAUCCUCUCCCGCCUCAUCUUGAAGCAGGUGUGGAAGUAUCCCAAGGUCUGGGAGGGCUUCAUCAAGUGCUGCCAGCGCACUAAGCCCCAGUCCUUCCAGGUCAUCCUCCAGUUGCCUCCACAGCAGCUCAGCGCCGUCUUUGAGAAGUGCCCAGAGUUGCGAGAGCCGCUGCUGGCCCACGUCCGCUCCUUCACUCCGCAUCAGCAAGCCCAUGUCCCCAAUUCCACCAUGGCUAUCCUGGAAGCGAGCAACAAGCAAGAGGCCGAAGGAAAAGACUUGCAGGCGACCGAGGAAGUGCGGGGCCCUGCGCCCCCCAAGAACAAGGGGAUAAAAAGGGAAAGAGAGGAAGAAGCUGAGCCCCAGCCGCUUCUUCCUCGGGUGUCCCAGGACAUGAUCGCCCUCCGCUUGGCACAGGAAAAGGCCCUCAAGCGCCAACUGGAAGAAGAGCAGAAGCUGAAGCUCAAGCAGCAAAAUCAGCAGCAACCACCCCGUGCCACAGCCCCAUCGGCCCCCCCUCCGUCAGAGGAGUCUGUGGACCUGCAUGAGGACGUGCCCGAGGCGGAAAAUCCCACCAUCUUCAUCAGCAUGCCGGAGGAGGAGGAGAGCCUUGGUGGAGAAAACUCUCUGCUGGAUUCCAGUCUGGAGGGACCCUGGCCCAAUAAGGAAGGGCAAAGCAAGGAAGGGGGAGCCAGCAGCAGUUCAGAUGAAGGAUCGUCAGGCAAACUGCCCGCAGCCAACCAACCCUCUCCUUCUCCCGAGGAGCCUGAAAUGGAGACCCAAGCGGCCGAAGCAAAGUCUCCCAGCCCAGCGAAGGAAGAGCCCAAGCCCAGCCCAGAAGAAGAGAAAACAAUGGAGAGCUGAUGAUUAAGAAAAAAAAAACCCACAACUAACCUUAGAGAAAAUAUGGAGCAAAAAAGAGAGACUCUUGAAGAUGCAGAGAAUGGGGUUCAGCCUGUUAGGAAAGGAGUCCCGAAACAGAAAUGGAAAAGAUAUAGAUUUCUAGACAAAUAAAAGAAUUUCAGAACCUA